GGGCGGGGCUCGAGGCCGCCGUUCGGUCGGCUGCUUGCGCUACUUUCUGUUCGCGUCGGCGGAGAGGCCGCGACAACCGCAUCAGAGCUGACGUGGGCGCGACGUGGGGCCGCCGCCGCCGCCGCCGCCGCCGCCGGGUUGCCUGGGCGGCGGCCGUCAGGGCUCUGCGUCCCCACCUCCUCCCGUCCGUAAUCAGUGACGAGGUCCGCUACGUAAACCCUUCGCGGCGGGAUAAAUAAAGAAGAAAACAGGGAAGGAGCAAAGCAUUGGUUACACAUGUAAUAAUAAUGAGCAAAUGUGGCAGGAAAAAGUAUAUGAGGACAAAUGUAAGGCAAAUGACCAUGGAAACAGUUGAAUCACAGCAGGAUCGAAGUGUAACACAUUCUGUGGCAGAGCGCAGUUCUGCUCAUAUGCAGACUGGCCAAAUAUCUGUUCCUGCUCUAGCUCAGGUAGCAACAAUUGCAGAGACAGAUGAUUCUGCAGAACCAGAAGUAAUCGAUUCUCAUAAACGUAGAGAAAUUCUUUCUCGGAGACCCUCGUAUAGAAAAAUACUGAAUGAACUUUCCUCUGAUGUGCCUGGUAUUCCCAAGAUUGAAGAAGAAAAAUCAGAGGAAGAAGGAACACCACCUAACAUUGCUACCAUGGCAGUACCAACUAGCAUAUAUCAGACUAGCACGGGGCAAUACAUUGCUAUAGCCCAAGGUGGAACAAUCCAGAUUUCUAACCCAGGAUCUGAUGGUGUUCAGGGACUCCAGGCAUUAACAAUGACAAAUUCAGGAGCUCCUCCGCCAGGUGCUACAAUUGUACAGUAUGCAGCACAAUCAGCCGAUGGCACACAGCAGUUCUUUGUCCCAGGCAGCCAGGUUGUUGUUCAAGCUGCCACGGGUGACAUGCCAACUUACCAGAUCCGGGCUCCUACUACUGCUUUGCCACAAGGUGUGGUGAUGGCUGCCUCACCAGGGAGUUUGCACAGUCCCCAGCAACUAGCAGAAGAAGCAACUCGCAAGCGGGAGCUGAGGCUGAUGAAAAACAGGGAAGCUGCCCGGGAGUGUCGCAGGAAGAAGAAAGAAUAUGUCAAAUGUCUUGAAAACCGUGUGGCUGUGCUUGAAAACCAAAACAAGACUCUCAUUGAGGAACUCAAGGCCCUCAAAGAUCUUUAUUGCCAUAAAGCAGAGUAACUGUGUUUGACUGGACCUUGUUUACUGUGAACUCUAAUUGAGGCAGGCGGUGCAGCAUCCUCCUAAUGGCCGUGUGGACUUGUAGAUGGCUCUUAACCCUUGCUUAAGAAUCCACUUUGGCUUAGGGUGUGAAUUGGGCGUACUGUCCCACGGGUUGAGGCGCAGCUCUGCUCACAUGACCAAGCUUGCUCUGUUGUCAAUAGCAUGCAACAUCUGUUUUGUUUGCCCUUCUGCUUCUACUUUUUCCAGGGAAGCUGCUAAAGAGUGUCGACGUCGAAAGAAAGAGUAUGUAAAGUGUCUGGAGAGUCGAGUUGCAGUGCUGGAAGUUCAGAACAAGAAGCUUAUAGAGGAACUUGAAACCUUGAAAGACAUUUGCUCUCCCAAAACAGAUUAGUAGAAAUAUUUAACUAUGAACUGAUUACAGCAUGUACAGUUGCUUUUGAAUGCAAUACAAUAUAUAGCCGGCAAGAAUUAUGGCUUUUUCCUUUGUAUCAUUCAUCUGACUUUCUAAUAUCUAACAUUCCUAAAAUGCUUCAUUGUAUUUAAUUAGCUCUUACCUCUAAGGUCAAUUUUUUUUUAGAAGAGACAAACUGUAAAAAAAUGUAUGUAACAAAUUCUUAAAAUGAAAUAUUUGUAAGACUUGUUUCAGUACAACGUAUUUGCAGUUCCCAGUCUCUCUGUCAUGAAUAGUGUCCUAUGCAAUAAAAAUUUUGCAGGUUUUAAGAAUCAUUUUAGGAAAGGAUGAUCAAAGGCAGUGCAUCCAGCAGUACAAUAAAAUCAAACCACAGAAAUACCUCAGGAAAGAAUGAAAGGAAGUGCAUCUUGAUGACAUGGCUAUGUGAGAAGAAUAGCCUAGAAAUGAAUUUGUGCAUUUAUAGAUUUUUAUAAUCGUCACUUUGUAAAGAAAAUAUUGUAUUGCUGUCCUUGAAUGCCAUAGUUGAAGACAGUUUUCAAUAGAACCAUGUUGGUUGCUCUUUGUA